AUGCAACCACUAUGUGCUGUUGAUACGUGUAAACGUAAAUGCCGUGGAUUAUGUUAUUGUUGUGGUAAAAAUCUUUGUCCUGAUCAUUUCAAAGAACAUGAUGAUAGAAUUAAUUCUCAAGUCACUCCACUUGGUGAUCAACUUAAUGAAAUUUCUGAUGAAUUUUCGAAAAUUAUUGUUGAUGAUAUUAUUGUCCAUUGUCGUCAAGUACUAGAUAAAUGGCGUGAUGAUUCUCGUAAAACGAUUGAUCUAUUUUAUCAAGAAAAAUGUAAAGAACUUGAAGAACGUUGCGUUCAACGAGUUAAUGAUCAACAAAAACAAAUUGAUAAUACAAAAGUUAAAAUAAAUGAUCUUAUUCGAGAAAAGGAAGCUACUUAUGAAGAUAUUCCUUCAUUAACAACAAUUGUAAAUGAUAUUAAACGUGAUGUUAAUCAUUUUAAAGAAGAAGGAAUUAUAGUCGAUACUAAUCCUUUGAUUAUUAAUAAAAAAGGUCUGAUUUAUAUUGAAGAAUGGUCAUUAGAUGAAGUUGAUCUGCCAAAUAUUUCAUUUCCAUAUGAAGAAAUCGGUUGUUCAAUCUAUGCAAUAGCCAGCAACAAUCAAUUUUUAUUAUUAGUUCAAAAUUCGAAUUUAUGUUUGUUUGAUCGAGAUCUUAAUCAUGUUAAAAAAUGUUCAUGGGAACAUGACAUUAUCUGCGACAUCUGUUGGUCUUCGACAUUAAAUAUAUUUAUUCUAGUGACUGAUAAAGAUGGUAUUUUUCUUGUAGAUGAAAAUCUAACCUCAAUUAAAUCAAUCGAAACGAUUGAAAAGAAGAAUUGGUUGUCUUGUACAUGCUCAAACUCAAGUCUGUUUGUUACAACAAAUAGUAAAGGUUCUGAUAUUUUUCAAUUCAAUGUUUUAUCUUCUUUUAAUUUAACCAAACAAUGGAAACCUGAAACGAGUUGUGGAACUCAAGAAUAUAUUUAUAGUAUAGCUAAUAAUAAUGAAACACUUGCAAUGAUAAUAGCAAACACUACUACUGUUAAGAAAGUACGAAUCGAUCUUCGAUCAUUAACAACACUCGACCAAUUAUGGUCACUUAACCUUUAUGAUACGAAUGGGCCUGCUAAGUUGAUAAGUCGCGUGUGUCUGCUAAGAUGUGAUGAAUGGCUUGUAGCCGAUCCCAGUGGUUCUCGUCUUUUUCAUAUUACUAAAGAUGGAAAAAUAAAAGAAUCACUUGAUAAUAAACUAAAGCCUUGGAAUGCUAUUUUAUUUGGUUCGAAUAUAUUAGCUAUUAAUACAACAAAAUGUGUCAAUUUUUAUCGAGUUUAA